AUGAUAAACGCAAGACCUGACCAAGAUUUAAGUGACUUCGAUGUUGAUCGUGAAGCAGCAGUGGAAUUCUUGAAACGAACAAUCUUUCAUCCUGGAAAAACGAAAUGCGAAGAACAAAAACGUGAAGCGUCGGAAAAAUAUGAAGAACGGUGCGAACCAAGUGUCAAUAAAUUAACUGGCAAACGCUACUGUCCAGACAUUAAAACUUGGACUGCCUUCAAGAAUUACGAAAUUGGUAGCGGUAUGGGCCGUUAA